AUGGAACUAAACAAAGCACACACCAAAGGCACGAAUUCCUGCGAUGAGCCUUCAGGCGACAAGGCACAGGUCAAUGACUCGUCUACCAAUACUGGGCAGUCUCCCAGGGCCAGUGGUAAUAUUACGGAACCCGUGACGCCAUUAAGGAAGGACGAAGAUGAGGAAGGACAGCCUUUGACUCCCCGCAAUGAGCCUUCAAUCAAUGAAGAGGAAGGCAAUGAACCGUCUACCAGUCACGAUAUGAUGGCGAUCAUGGCAGCAACGGUGCAUGGUGACAGAGAGGGACAGGAUGGCAAUACCACGGCCAAGGAGGAGGCUGCUAGGGAUUAG